UGGCUUCUAGUUAGGUUGUUUUGAGCUGUCAGCUGUAACUUAUGCUGUUGUUGUCAGUGAAGGGUUGCAUUUAACUAAACUCAAAUAAUAUUGUUAUCUGGUGUCAUUUGAACGAAAAUACAUUUUAGGCCAAUGUCUAAUGAUUGCCGCAGCGAAGGCAGGCGGCGAGGAGCUGGUCAGCACCGCCUUGGGUCGGGACUUGAUGGCAAAGAGAGAGCGGGGAAGAGAGUGGGCCCCGGUGGCGGGGAUGGCAGGGAGAGAUCCGUCAGCAACAGCUCGGGAUCGUCGCAUGGUGGAGGGAAGGAGAGGAACAUUAGCCUCAAGGCUUCCUUUCAGCGCUCAAACAGCCAUGACAAGGUGAGGAAGAUCGUGGCAGAGGAAGGCCGCAGUGCACGGAAUCUGAUUGCCUGGAGUGUGCCCUUGGGAAGCAGAGAAGACGGGGGAAAGGCCAAGCCCCAAGUUCCAAGCAGUCAAAGAUCACAACGCAUCACUGCAGGUCUACAUAGAAACAAAAAACAGAAUGCCUCCUUGGAUAGCAAGACAGCAGCUGUUGUUCUGGAGAAGAACGCAGAGAAGAGCCCAAGCAAGGCCAGGCAGCCGAGAAAGGUGGACCUGAGAGCUCGCUACUGGGCUUUUCUCUUUGACAACCUGAGAAGGGCUGUGGAUGAAAUUUACGUCACCUGCGAAUCCGACCAGAGCGUAGUGGAAUGCAAGGAGGUGCUUAUGAUGUUAGACAACUAUGUACGAGAUUUCAAAGCUUUAAUCGACUGGAUACAGCUGCAGGAAAAGCUGGAGAAAACAGAUGCCCUGAACAGACCCACAUCCCUGGCAUGGGAGGUGAGGAAAAUGUCUCCAGGGCGUCAUGUGAUAUCCAGUCCAUCAACAGACAGGAUUAAUCCCACACCGAGCGCCCGCAGGACUCUGAACUUCGGGGGACCUCCUGCCACACUGUCAUCCUCACGCCUCACCCCCACAGGGUCCAGCUGGGCAGAUAAGGUCAAGUCUGCUCAUACAGCCACAGCAGCCAAUCGGACUGGAUCCGGGCUUUGUCAGCCAACCUCUCAGAACACACUGUGGAAACCAGCUGAGAAACACGGUCAGAAAGGUAAAAAAGAUGCAGAAGGCUGGGAAACCGUGCAGCGUGGAAGACCAGCUCGGCCCAGAUCUGCUGUUAUGAUAGCUAAGAUGACUGCAGCCCCAGCUCCCCAGAGCCCAAAGGAUGACAGCAAUAAGGAAAAUACACAACAUGGUCCUGCAGAAGUGUACCCAGACAGAGAACAGCUGGAUCUGGAAAAACUGAGAAACGCAGAACUUACAGAAGAGAAAGCAGACUCCCAGACAGAGGACGCAGUUCAGUUGACAGCAGACAGUCCCGAGGAUUCAGAGAAGUCUGGCAGCUUGCCCUUGCAGGAGAUUUCCAGGGAGCCCUGGGCAGAAACUCCAGAGGUUCACACAGACGCUGUCUGUCCUUCAGAGGGACUGAGGGUCGAAGUGGCUCCUGCAGCAUCUGGUACAGACCAGACUCCAAUUGAAACAGUGAAACUGGAGAGUGAACUGGACCCCACAGAGCUUUCAGAUCAUUGCCAACACUUUCAGACCCAAUCCAUGGCAGAAGUUUUAGCAAAGAAGGAAGAGCUGGCAGACCGCUUGGAGAAGGCAAACGAGGAAGCCAUCGCCAGCGCUAUUGCUGAAGAGGAGCAGCUGACGAGGGAGAUCCAGGCUGAGGAGAACAAUGACUACAACCUGGAGGCAGACAGUGAGGGCGACUUCUCUACUAGCAUAGGCAGUGGAAUUAUGUCCUACUGUGGCUUGUCCAUGGAUUGGAAUGAAGUCUUAGCUGAUUAUGAAGCCAGAGAGCCAUGGCGGCAGAGCACUUCCUGGGGGGAUAUAGUGGAGGAAGAACCAGCCCGCCCUCCUGGCCAUGGGAUUCACAUGCAUGAGAAGCUCUCCUCCCCUUCACGGAAAAGGACAAUAGCAGAAUCUAAAAGGAAACAUGAAGAGAAGCAGCUAAAGGCGCAGCAGCUCCGAAAAAAACUAAGAGAAGAACAAACUCACAAACUGCAGAAGUUGUUAGAAAGAGAGAAGGAGGUCAGGAAGUGGAAGGAGGAGCUCUUGGAUCAGAGAAGGAAGAUGAUGGAUGAGAAAUUGCUCCAUGCAGAGUUUAAACGAGAGCUGCAGUUACAGGCCAUCGUUAAAAAGGCACAAGAGGAAGACGCUAAGGUGAAUGAGAUUGCUUUUAUAAACACUCUUGAAGCACAGAACAAAAGGCAUGAUGUCCUGGCCAAGCUGAAAGAGUAUGAACAGAGGCUGAAUGAGCUGCAGGAGGAACGCCAGCGGAGACAGGAGGAGAAGCAGGCGCGCGAUGAGGCUGUGCAGGAGCGCAAACGAGCCCUUGAAGCAGAACGGCAGGCCCGGGUGGAAGAGUUAUUGAUAAGGAGGAAAGGACAAGAAGCUCGAAUUGAACUGCAGAGACAGGAGAGAGAGCGGGCGCGGGAGGAUGCGGCACGGGAAAGAGCCAGAGAUCGAGAGGAGCGACUUGCUGCCCUGAGUGCAGCUCAACAGGAAGCCAUGGAGGAACUGCAGAAAAAGAUACAGCAAAAGCAUGACGAAAGCAGCCGCAGACACAUGGAACAGAUUGAACAGAGGAAAGAAAAGGCUGCAGAGCUCAGCAGUGGAAGACACGCCAAUACUGACUACGCACCCAAACUCACACCUUAUGAACGCAAAAAACAGUGUUCGCUCUGUAAUGUGACGAUCACCUCUGAGGUGUACCUGUUCAGCCACAUCAAAGGGAAGGGGCACCAACAGGCAGUGAGAGACAGCAGCAGCAUCCAGGGCAGGGAGCUCUCCGACGAGGAAGUGGAACACCUUUCCUUAAAGAAGUACAUUGUGGACAUUGUGACUGAUAGCUCUGUGCCGGUGGAGACGGUGAAAGACGGAGAGGAGAAACAGAAAGCGAGGAAAAAAGCGAAGAAGCUUCGAGCUCGGAUGAACUCCAGGGGAAAAGAGUAUGAAACCUCUCUAGAAGCAAAGAUUCAGGUUCCUGACUCGCCAUAUAAAGCCAAGUUACAGAGGCUGGUAAAGGACCUGGUGAAGCAGCUCCCGGGGCAAGAUAGUGGUCACUGGACAAACAACAAGGUGUCUGGCCUAGACAGAACACUUGGGGAGAUCUCAAGGAUCUUAGAGAAACAGAACAAUGCAGAUCAAGUAGCAUUUCAGGUCGGAGGGGGGCUCUCAGCCCUGGAACAGAUUCUCCAGGUAGUCACUGCAGCCUCCUGUCCUAAUGCAGUCCCACGCAUUCCAUUAAAGUCCUUGUGCAGUGCUGUAAAUACAUACUACUUGGCUUGCAGUAGCUGCCAGAACAACUGCUCUUACGUUCUAUUUGGGAACAAGAUCACUUUCCUAGUGGACAUGCUUAUUCAUCAGUUAACGUUGCAUGUUCCUGAUGAAGAUAAGACUAUUUUUGGAAGGAGUGUAAGCAAACAGGUAUUUGAAGGGCUGACAACAGGACUCCUUAAGACCACUGCAUCAGUUCUGGGAUUCCUCCUCUCCAAUCUCCCUGAGGGGAACAGUCAGCCCGGCACACCCAGAAUAUCAACACAGGAAACAAAAAACAAGUCUUCCCCAAACGAGGCCUUAAAUUGCAGGGUGCAAGACCUCAUCAGUUACUUAGUGUAUAUGGGCUUGAUUGACAAGUUGUAUGGCUGCUUCCUCUCUAUACAAGGCCCUGUUGAUGAGAAUCCAAAGAUGGCAACAUUCCUGCAACACGCUACAGAGCUCUUAGACGGCAUGUGCAAGUUAUGCUUUGCUGUGACUGGCAGGUCUCCUAGCAUUUUUGACAAUAAACGUCAGGAUCCCACAGGGCUAACUGCCCUGCUUCAGUCCACUGAUCUGGUGGGAGUGCUCCACAUGCUCUAUUGCAUCCUCCUUCACGGGUCAACCCCAGAUCCCAACACAGCCAGUUCUGUCGAGGGCUACCCAGAAAGCGUCAUCCAAGUUGCCAUCCACAGCAUUCGCUUCAUGAAUAGUUUUGCACUUUUGGACCUGUCGGCAUUCCAGUCUGUGUUAGGCGCUGAGGGCCUCUCUCUGGCUUUCCGACACAUUAUCAGCUCCCUGCUGUGGUAUUGCUCCCAUCACACCUGCGAGCACCUGCUUCAUGAGGUCAUCAUUUGUAUUGGAUACUUCACAGUCAACCACCAAGACAACCAGGUAAUCGUGCAGUCUGGCCGCCAGCCCAGUGUGCUGCAGAAACUGUGUCAGCUGCCUUUCCAAUAUUUCAGCGACCCGCGGCUGAUCAAAGUGCUCUUCCCGACGCUCAUCUCAGCUUGCUACAACAACAGCCAGAACAAGGUCAUCCUGGAGCAAGAAAUGAGCUGUAUAUUACUGGCUACUUUCAUACAGGACUUUGCACCGAGUUCAAGCAAGCCUGAAAACGGAACGUCUCAGCAAGCAGAAAAGGUCUCCCAGUCUCUGGACUACCUCGAGCUGUCAAAUCGUUUCCCCAGAGAACAAUGGGAUGCAGCCCUGCAGUUUUUUCUAGAAAAGCAAGACAAUUGAUUUUGUUAAAUGGAGUGUAAAUAUUAUUUUAUUAACUGAAUAAGUGGGGUGACUGUUCUCUUACUAUCCAAUCUUUACACUACAGUGAAAUCUAAAUAUAUUAUUGAAGUGCACUGCAGCUCUGAGUGGUGUGGGAUGGAUUCAUUAACAGUACAGCGUUUACACCAGUUUUUGUAAAAGAGCAAAAACGUUUUGUAACAUUGGCAUAGAACAGACUUUGCACAGCAGCAAAUUGUGAAUAAAGCUGAUGCAUUGGACUAUUUUAAUGUAUCAUCCCUGUCCCUGCUUAUAGUAAAAUGCUGCAGUAGGAAUUAUAAAAUCAAAUGAAUAAAAACAAGAAUGUCACAAACCAGAGCUGCUUUGUAAAGCUGGGGACUGUCAUCAUUCCCACUAAAUUCUGUCAUCAUUCCCACUAAAUUCUGAAUUACUGGGAAUGAUCACUUUAUUUAAUAUAAAGUGUCACCAAAAUCAGCCUGGGCACAUUUUGCUGUUGUUAAAAAAAGAUGUUUUGUAUGACCUUUUAUUUUUAUUUUUUUGUUAAUUUCUGUAAUUUGCACAAUCCAUGUAUUUAUUGUACAUAACAUUCUCCCUUUUUAUUUAUGAACGGUUGUGUUUUUUCCUAUAUUGUGUUUGUUUUCCUACCUGCUGUUUACCAACCCUGUGUGAAACUGUACAACGUUAAUAUUUAUUUAGAAGUUAAUGCGCCAGUAAUAAAAUAAUGUGUUGCUCUUCAAA